GCUUCUGUCAAACGGGCGGACGGAGGCCGAGAAGAAAAAAGGCGGGAGCCGCCAAUUCCAGGUGGAGCAACAUGGCGCGGGAGGAUGAGAUGCAGGAGUUCACCCGUAGCUUCUUCCGAGGCCGCCCAGACCUCAGCACGCUUACGCACUCCAUCGUGCGGCGGAGGUUCUUGGCUUAUGCGGGCCGCGACCACCUGGAACCUGAGGAGAAGCAGGCGCUGAAAAGGCUAGUGGAGGAGGAGCUGCUGAAAAUGCAGGUGGAUGAAGCGGGUACCAAGGAAGAGAGGCGCGACCUUGCCAAGAAGGCGAAGAGGUCUCCCACCACCUGCCGUGAUCCAGAGAGAAAAAGGUUCCGUUUCAAUUCAGAGUCAGAGCCCAGCUCUGCAGCCUCCAGUCCAGACUGCCUCAGCCCCCCAGCAAAAAAUGGGAUGACAGCAGAAGUCAGUCCAGCUGAGGAUGAGAGUCCAAAGCAAGCCUCAAAGGCAGUUGAGCAGAGCAGUGAUGAAGAAGAACAGAGGAACCUGAAUGCAAAGAUUGGAUUAGAGAAGGAGGUGGUGAAGGAGAGUAGUGAGGAGGAGGAGGAGGGCUCUGCCAGAACGAGCAAGGUCUGGAAAGAGAGCAGUGAGGAAGAGGAAGAUGAGGAAAAUGAAGGGAAGGAGGAGGAGGAGGAGGAGGAAAAGGAGCCCAAGGGCAGGACUAGGAAGAAGCCUGGGACAAAGAACAAGCAGGCACAAGGCAAGGCCUCAGCCAGUAGGAAGCAGGCCAGGGAGGAGAGUGAGGACGGUGAGGAGGAACGUGCCCAAAGGACAGGAAGGAAGGUGGAGGGGAAGAAAGGAACUAAAAGCCAUGAGGAAAGUGAAAAGGAGAGUGAGGAGGAGGAGGAGGAGGCCCUAGCCAAGAAGAAAGAAAGAGAGGAGGGGGAUUGGAAACCCAGAGCUCAGGGCAAUGGAGGAAAAAGUUCAGCUUGGGAGAAGAGGAGCUGUAAGCAGAAAAGUAGGGCAGCAAGGCUGCUGGGAGACUCAGGGGACAGAGAGGAACAGAAGGAAAUAGCAGCAGCAGGCAGUGGGGAUACCAGUGGGGAAGAUGAGGAGCCCCUGGUGCAGAGGAAGAGCAAGGACAAGACCCAGUGGAAGGGUGAAAAAAGGCAGAGUGGGAACAGUGAGGAGGAUGCGGAAGAUAGCUGGAGGAAGGUGAAACCAACUACUGGAAAGACAGCCAAAGUGGGCAGUUUCAACAGUGAGGCAAGUGACUCAGAGAAGGAGGUGAGUGAUAGCCAGGCAGAGGGGAGCCCCAAAAGGGAGAGGAAGAACCGCUCUUCCCAGAAGAGCUCCAAGAAAGGCAGGACACGAAGCUCCUCCUCUUCUUCCACAGGGGACAGUCCAGAACCCAAAGGUGGGAAGGCUGGCUCUGGUCGCCGUGGUGAGGACCACCCGGCUGUGAUGAGGCUAAAGCGCUACAUUCGGGCCUGUGGUGCCCAUCGAAACUACAAGAAGUUGCUGGGCUCUUGCCGCUCACACAAGGAACGCCUGAGUGUUUUCCGGGCAGAGCUGGAAGCCCUGGGCAUGAAGGGUAACCCUUCCUUAGAGAAGUGUCGGGCCCUGAAGGAACAGCGGGAGGAGGCAGCUGAGGUGGCCUCCUUGGAUAUUACCAACAUCAUCAGCAGUUCAGGCCGGCCACGUAGACGCACAGCCUGGAACCCUUCAGGAGAAGCAUCCCCACCAGGGGAGCUAUACCGCCGGACCCUAGACUCCGAUGAAGAGCGGCCCCGCCCCCCACCUCCAGACUGGUCCCACAUGCGUGGCAUCAUCAGCAGUGACGGGGAGAGCAACUGAGCUCCAGCUCCUCCACCCCCUGGUCCCCAGGAAGGACUUUCCACUUGUAGAAAGCAUAUGUAGCAACCCCCCACCCUACGCCUGCAGAGCAGAAGCAGCCUUCUUCAGAGAAGACCUGUAGCCCGCAGGGACACAAGUUAUUGGGAUCCUACUUCUCAGCUCCACAUUCUGUUUAAGGUGUUUACAGGAAUUUAUUUUUUAAGACUCAAUAAAGGAGUGUUUGAAUCACCUCAUCAAAA